AGGAAUCUCUAAAAAUGCAAAUCCGAUGGCGGAAGCUGUUGUAAAUAAAAGAACUUCGUAUUAUCCUGAACUUGAUGACAUAACACUUGCUGGUGCUCAUGGAAAGUUCUCAACGGAUAUGUUUACUUCGACUCCUCGUCGUUCAGUAAUGCCUAGCGAUUUUGCUCCUUUAGAUUUAACUGAAGGAACUCAAUUUUUUGAUCCGACUGAAAAAGAAGAAAAGGGUGAAGGAGGUGGACUUUUUGGGUGCCAAUUGACUGAUAAAAUGAAGGGAAAUGUGGAAGGUGUCGGUCUAAACAUCAAGAAACGUUUAAGUUUUGCUGAUGAAAAUCAACGAGGUGUUUCUAAAAAUACGAAUCCGAUGGCGGAAGCUGUUGUAAAUAAAAGAACUUCGUAUUAUCCUGAACUUGAUGACAUAACACUUGCUGGUGCUCAUGGAAAGUUCUCAACGGAUAUGUUUACUUCGACUCCUCGUCGUUCAGUAAUGCCUAGCGAUUUUGCUCCUUUAGAUUUAACUGAAGGAACUCAAUUUUUUGAUCCGACUGAAAAAGAAGAUAAUGGUGAAGGAGGUGGACUUUUUGGGUGCCAAAUGACUGAUAAAAUGAAGGGAAAUGAGAAAGGUGUCGGUCUAAACAUCAAGAAACGUUUAAGUUUUGCUGAUGAAAAUCAACGAGGAAUCUCUAAAAAUGCAAAUCCUAUGGCGGAAGCUGUUGAGCGGUUAAAGAAAAUGGGGAAAAGGCGAGAUUGA